AUGCUGGACCCCUGCCCCACCGUCUUCUCCUCCUUCUUGCUGGGCAUGCAGCUUUCACCUGCUGCGUGCCCGCCAGUGAGGGACUCCCAAGACGCCAAGCUGUGCUUGUCGAUGGGGGAGCUGGAUGCCAGGAACCCGAGACACUGCAGGAGACGUUCUGCACACGCCCUGACGGCUCAGCUGCUGAGCCCCAAGGAGAAGGCUUAUUGUGAGUGUCAGAACUUCUUCAUCGACAGCUGUGCUGCCCAUGGGGCCCCAACCUUUGUAAAGGACUGUGCAGUGGUGAAGGGGCAUGCCAACCGCUCAACCCUCACGCUGCCCCCUGGGUUGAGCAUCAGACUGCCGGGCAUCCCUGAUGCUGGGCUUGGAGUGUGGAACGAGGCUUCCGAUCUGCCGCUGGGCCUGCACUUUGGACCCUAUGAGGGCCAGAUCACAGAUGAUGAAGAGGCUGUCAAGAGUGGAUAUGCCUGGCUGAUCACCAAAGGGAGGAACUGCUACGAGUAUGUGGAUGGAAAGGACACGUCUUGGGCCAACUGGAUGAGAACCAAAGCCCAAGAUGCACCCAUGUGCUUCCUGCUCUCUGGCCUUCUCCAGUCAGAAAUUCCUCAGCCAAUCCACCCAACGCAGUUACCCCUCUCAGACCCUCCUGAGACCAUUUGA